AUGGCCAUCGCUUACUUCAUACCCGAUCAAACCAAGCUGCUAGCGGCCAGCAGCGCUCAUAGCAACCACAACAACGGGAGCAGCGGAGCCGUUGGCGGCGGCGGCGGCGGCGGUGGAGGCGGAAGCGUUGGUGGCAACACUAACACGAGCGCAUCACCGACGGCUCAACAACAUCCGCAAGCUGCGCACAAUUCAAGCAGUGGGCACAACACCAGUCAUCACCUUCAUAACAGCAGCAACAGCAAUAACAACUUUCGCGCCAACAUCACCAUACCGUUGAGUGCCUAUAGCGCCACAGCCGCCAAUUCGGACGCUGGUUGUUGGGAGCUGUUGACGCAAAUAUUCUGCCAUGCAUUGCGCUUUUGCCAUCAAUCCGAACGCCAUCCGGCGGUAAUACAAAUAUCAUUAGAAAUCAGCAGCACCGGAUCGCUGGGAGCCACCACAGUGCAAGUGGGUGCGCAAGCGGCGCCUGUGCAACAGCAGCAGCAACAAGAGGCGCAAGUGCAGCAGCAGCAACAGCCAUCUCAAGCUGCUUCAACGGCGGUGCCACAAAAUGCGUCCACACAAACGCUGCAACAAAAUGCGACUGCCGCAGGUGUGGAACGGCCGGCGAUUAGUGAAGAGACACCCGCGGCGGCGGCAGCGGUGUUUAGUAGAAAUCUGGAGCCUGGAACGCACAAGCCGCCGGCGAAAAGAAAUUAA